AUGCGCGUCACAAAACCAAACUGGGUACAACAUACUGUUGGGGAGAAGAAGGCGAAAUGCCCUAUAUAUAGUAUAUCCGUCCAUCCCGACGGCACGCGGCUGGCAACGGGAGGCUUAGAUCACAAAGUCAAAAUCUGGUCGACAUUACCCAUCCUGGAUCAAGAAGCCGAGAACGAGGAGCAAAACCCAAAGCUGCUGUGUACCAUGGCCGCCCAUACUGGUUCGGUGUUGUCGGUUAGGUGGGCGCAUCAUGGACGGUUUCUGGCGACGGGGUCGGAUGAUCAGGUUAUCAUGAUAUGGGGUAUUGACCCAGAUGGAGGAGGGAGAUUGUGGGGGUCGGAUGAGGUGAAUGUGGAGAAUUGGAAAGCGUUAACAAGACUGGUCGGGCAUGUCGCUGAUGUAGUCGACUUGGCGUGGUCAAGAGACGACUCUAUGCUGGCAUCCGUCGGUCUGGAUAGCACAGUCUGGCUAUGGGACGGUUCAACAUUCGAGCGUCUCCGCAAACUCGACCUCCACCAAGGAUUCGUCAAAGGCGUCUGCUGGGACCCCGUCGGCGCCUACCUCGCCACCCAAUCCGACGACAAGACUGUCAAAAUCUGGAACACUGAAGACUGGUCCCUCGUCGAAUCUGUAUCCGAACCAUUCAAGACGUCGCCCCAGAGCACAUUUUUCAGACGGCUGUCGUGGUCCCCGGAUGGCGCGUUUAUAGCGGCGUCGAAUGCGAAGAAUGGGCCGGUGUUUGUGGGGGCGGUUAUUGAUAGGGAUGGGUGGGGGUCGGAAAUUAGUUUUGUGGGGCAUGAGAAUACGAUCCAGGUCGCUGCAUUCAACCCACGCCUGUUUUUCCCACAAGGCGAGCCCAAAGGCCGAGCCACAGCAUCCACCGUCCUCGCCCUCGGCGCCAACGACUUUUCCAUCUCCAUCUGGCGCAACACCCUGCACAAACCGCUCGUCGUGCUCAAAGACAUUUUCGGCGCCGACCUCAUGGACCUGUGUUGGUCGAAUGACGGACAUCAUUUGUAUGGGUCGGCUGUGGAUGGGAGUAUCUGUGCGAUCAGUUUUGAGAAGGAUGAGUUUUUGGAUCUGGCGGAGGAGGGGGAUACGGACAUUGUGCUUGGGGAGUAUGGGUAUGAGGGGAGGAUGGGGAAGCGGGGGAAAGCCGCUGCUGCUGGUGCUGGUGCGCUGGGCCCGACGAGCUCGGCGCCUUCUGUAUCGACGUCCUUCGGACCGACGACGACGACAUCAACCCACGUCAACGUGCUUCAACCGAAAAAGGGCAAAGCCAAACGCCGAGCGAGCUUUCUCCCGCCCGCGCCCGGCGGCGGGGGUACCAACGGUUUCCACCCUCCUUCUCAUACGCAUACGCAAGGACGAGAUCCAUUCAGUGGGCCCAUCCAGGGGUCGUCAUCUCAAGUAGGCCUGGAGGGACAGCGUAUGCUCCAAAACGCCAACGCCUACCCCACCUCACCGAGAACAGGCGAUAAACGCAAAGCCCCAUCCCCUUCCUCCCCGAAGCACAGCUCCUCCCUCUUCCGCCCCGCCCCUUCCACCUCUUCCUCUCAAGCGCUCACGCAAACCCUCGGGACGGGGGCGGAUGGUGGGGGCGCGGUGAGGGCGGCGUUCCAGAGGGGGUAUGAGCAGGGCAGGGCGGAGGCGAUGGAAGAGGCGGAGGUGGAGGUGAGGGGGAUGGUGGAGAGGGAGAGGAAGGGGAUUGAGGAGGCGGCGUUUAGGAGGGCGGUGGAGAUGGUUAGGAAGGAGGGAGGGGGGCGGUGA